AUGCGUACCUUACCACUUGUUCUGGCCGCCGCCUCAGCGGCCUCAGUUAUCGCCGCUCCCUUGGAAAGCAGAGCCAAUUAUGACCCCCUUCCUGGCGGCGAUGUGACUAUUAUCCAAUACGCUCUAGUACUCGAGUAUCUCGAGCGCGAGUUCUACAAGCAAGGGCUCAGCAACUAUACCGAAGCAGAGUUCUGUGAGUUCGCUGGUGAUGACGGUAGCAAGUUUUACAACAAUCUUCGUACCAUUUACGAAGACGAGAAGACCCAUGUAGAGUUUCUUAGAUCAGCUCUGGGUGCAUCCGCAUUCCCCGAACCAUACUUCGCUUUCCCAACAACAACAGCUCAGUCCUUCCUUUCUCUCGCCGCCGUCCUUGAAGGCGUGGGUGUCUCGGCCUACCUUGGCGCCGCACCUGUUAUCGCGGACAAAAAUUACGUCCACCCCGCUGGCUCAAUAUUGGCUGUCGAGGCCCGACAUGCGUCCUACGUCCGCAACGCCAUAGGCCAGAAGCCCUUCCCCAAGGCCUUCGACACUCCGCUCAACUUCAACCAAGUGCACAGCAUGGCCUCGCAGUUUAUCGUCGGUUUCGCGCCAGGCACUCCCGCCUUGCCGUUCAAGGCGUUCCCGAAGCUGGAGGUAAACUUCGUCAAGGGAUUUGACGGGGUUGUCUUCAAUGGGGCUUUUGCUGCUGCUGUGGCAGCAAAUACCGUUCCUUCAGGGGCGAAGGUUUAUGCGGUCUUCUUCAGCGGGUUGGACACUUACUAUUCGGAGGUUUUUGUGAACGGUGCCGAUUACGUCGUGGAGGAUAUCCCCGAGGGAGCCACAGGCCAGGUCUACGUUGUUCUCAGCACUGCCAACGGAAAGGAUGCCGAAGUCACCGACGAGAACACUGUUGCUGGAGUUGGUAUAAUCGAGGUCGGCUAUGCCGGCUACUAA